GAGUCAUUCAAAGCCUCAGAGGCUCUCGGGUGCACUCAACAAUCAGACGCACUCUCUCACUGACAAAAGCAGGAGGCUGCUGGCAAGCAUAGGAUAAAAGUGAGGAAACUGAUUCAUUUAUUGGUUUUGCCUCUUCCUUAUAUAGCAAAACAUCAUAAUUCCUAGCUAGGAACCAUGGAGCAGACCAUUGGUGGGAGUAGACAACAGCUUGGACAGGAAAAGUAUCAGAUGUGGGAUCUCAACAAACGUCUGGAGUCAUACCUGUCAAGAGUGAAGUUUCUAGAAGAAGAGAAUGAUUUUCUCCGGGGUGAAAUUCAGCAUCUUAAAAGAAACCAAGAUGCCAGGUCCUGGAAGUCUGAGUUUGAAGAAGAGCUCUGUCAAGCAAGACAGAAGUUGGAAGAUGCUUGGAAAGAGUUGGACAAAGCAGAAAUGGAUAAAGAUCGUAUGAGUGAAGAAGUGGACCUUUUGAGGAGCAAAAGGCAAAAAGAGCAGGAAGCCCAGGGAGCCAUAAAGAAGCAGCUCUCCGACAUGAAAAAGGCACUAGAAGAGGAGAGAAGAGCUCAGAUCUGGUUAAAAGAAAAAGCUGCCCAGCUGGAACAGGAACUUCUGUUGGAGGUGGAAGCUCACCAAGAUGACUCGUCCAGUGUGAAAGCUCAGAUAUCUGCUGCAGCACCUGUACUGACUCAGAGCACUUAUGCUCAUCACAGUCUGCAGGUAGAAGAUUUUGGGAAAUGCUAUGCAGAACGGGCCAGUGAAAUGUGGAAAGCCAUGACAGAAGCCUAUGACCACCAGAUUUCUCACCUUGAAGAAUCUUUAGCUCAAGCUAAGGCUCAGCUCAUCCAAGUUUCUGAAGAGAAAAAAGCAAACUGCCUGCGGUUACAAGGGCUAACCAAAGAGUUAGAGGCAACUCAGGGUCAGAAAAAGCUGAUUGAGAAGAAUAUGGCUGAAAGAUGGGCACAGCAGCGUAAGGAGUUGGAGAAAAUAGAGGCCUUAAUUGAAACACUUGAAAUGGAAAAGGAGGCACUCAGUGAUCAGAUCUCUCAUAUUCUUAAUGACCGUCAGCAGCUCAUGCAACUGAAAAUGUCACUGUGCCUUGAAGUGGCUACUUACAGAGCUCUUCUGGAUGCUGAAAGUUUGAGAGUAAAGAUGCCUCUAGGAGAAUUACAAAGGUCCUCCUUCAGAAAAGAUAUUAAACUGGACAAAAGUAAAGGACUUGGACAAAAUGUUCACUCACCUCUGGUCAGCACUGCUGAAAGUGGGGAAGCUCACAUGAAAAAGAGCUCACCACAGUUUUAUACUCCUUCACAGACAAAAUCUUUCAUGUUAACAUCAACACCUUUUGUGCCUUCCGAAGAAAGCCCUAAAGUACCUCAAAAGAUUAUGACGGCGACAAGUUUAGUCACAGAAAGUACACACCAAGAAAACCUAAAUGCAACUGUUGAAACCAAGGACAGCACUCCAGUGUCAGUAUCCAGAUCAAAAAGAAACAUUGAAGAAGUACUCAGUAAUUCGAUGGAAGAGGUGACAUCCAAUACAUCUCCUCCUGAUGUUACACAUGAAAAGGUCACCAAUGGCACAUUCAGUGCUGAAUCAUCAGCCUCAAUGCGAGCUUUUGACGUUGAACUAACUGCAGAGAAAACAACAGAUACCUUAACUUAUUCAAUACCAUUGUAUGAUCAUAGUAAAAAUGGAACAUCAAGUAGUGAAAAUACCGCUGAGCAUUUUAUAAAAGAAAGUAGCGAGAGUCAGGAUUAUUUGGAGAGCUGUGAUGGUAGCAAAACACAUACUAAGGCAGUUCCUGUAGAAGUCCAAGAAUACAAUAACGUCGAUGUGCCUGAUAGUCAUCAAGAGCCCAUAACCAAAGAGCAGGAGGUUCAAAUAACAGAGGAGGAAGGAAAUGACAAAGAAAUUACCAAAGAGAAGACUAUGAAUGUUGCAGAAGGGCCACAGUUUGAACAUCUGGCCUGCAAUACACAAUCACUUUUAAUGAAUGAAACUGAAACACAAAUGACACCUGUGGUCAUUCAUUCAGAUGACACAGUGAACACUGAACUUGUUUCAGCAUCUACAGUUAAUUAUGUGAAGGAUACAAUGCUAGAACAUCUGGAUUUAAAAUAUACUGCUAUAGAAAAAGCUGCAGAAACUGACAUAUCUUCAGACCAUCAUGCUAUUGAUGUGAAUGCCAAAGGUAAAGAAGAGUUGCAGCAUGAUCUGGACAGUCCAAGAUCUGAAUCAACAGACAUUGCAGUACAAUCUAUUAGCACAAACAGUGAAAUGAUUAAAGAUCAAACUUUGGAAAUGAAUGAUACUGAACAAGAAAGUGGCACCUGGAAGGCUGAAGAUUCAUCAUCCACUGUUGUGCAAGCUCCUAUAGAUGAAUCAGAAUAUUCCAUAUCAGAAACUGACUUUCUACAAAAUGCUGGCAAAUUAGAGUCAAAUCAGAAUGAUUCUACUAAUGAUAUCACUGAAGUGACCAAAGAGGAUGCAGAAUCAGAAGAUAGCAUACAUUUAGUCUCAGGCAACAUGGACUUAAGAAAAGGAAGCCAAGAAAUUAUUACAGAACAGCUAACUUCAGAGAAUGACUUUGAGAAACAGAACAUCCCAGAAACAUCCCUAACCAAUGAGAAAGGGAGCCUUAUAGAGAGUACAGAGAGCUGUGCACUUGAUGGGACACUGGUUGAUACAGAAUCACACACCAUACAUGGAAAGAUUUUUGAAAACGAUAGCAGAAAUUUAGAGGAAGAACAUGGGGAGGAAAUAAGCAAAAUGGCAGAGGAAAAUCUGUUUCUAAAAGAGAGCGAACAUGAAGCUCUUUCGAAUACCAUGGCACAAUUUCAAAAUCCAGAAACAACUGUUUCCCCUGAAGUCUUAAAAGAAGAUUUUGAAGAGAAAAUUGCAGAGGAACUUAGAACUGAAACAAAUGUAAUGGAAAGCUUGACACAAGAAGGUAUGGAAGUAGCAAUGGAAAGUGAAGAACAAACUGAACUAUAUACUGAAGCAGAGAUUGAAACAGAUGAGGAAGCACAUAUUCAAUUGGAAUAUGAAGCAACCAGUGAUCUUGAGGAAACAUAUGAAAUAAAUCAGGAAGAAAAUACUCGAGUGAGGGGAGAUAGUGAAGGAUUAAAUGGCAUGCAUGUGGAACAAGAUGACUCUCUGGUAAAUGCAAUUAAAGAGGGAGGCAUGUACUCUUUUAACGAAAAUGCCUUGGAAUAUGACAAAAACAUACAAAUAGUGGUGGAGGAGAACAAAGAUGAAUCAAUAGCAACAGAAAAUGAAAAAGAGUCCAGUCUCCAGAGUGAACCAAAAGUGACCCAGGAAAUAGCCACACAUUUAACAGCAGACAAUGAAGAGAACUUUUGCCUUCCUGAAGAAACAGAGAUGGCACAAGAGGAAGAUAUAGCAGAACAUGAUGAAGACAUUAAUUCUAAUAAUGAAACCCAUGCAGACAUACAGAUAACAACAGUAAAUCAAGAUGACUUCUCUAAUGAUCCAGAUAAACAUCUGGUGAAAGAUACAUGUUUAACAACAGAUAGUGAAGGAAGCAACUUAUUUAAAACAGAAGAGACAGCCAGUGAGGAAAAAGUAAGGUUAACAGAGGAAAAAGAUGAAGAACUCAAAAUGGAAACACAAUCUCAGUUACCAGUGAAUGAUGAAGGAGAUAUCAUCCAGGAAAAAGAAAUUUACGCAAUAGAGGAAAAUGACAAAAACGAAGUUCCUAAACAAACAGAGGUAGAAGAAGAGGAAAAGGAGCCUCAGACAUUGGCAAUUAAAGAUGAUACCAGUCUUUCAAAUGAAACAGAAAUAAACUUGGAAAAAGUUACAAAUCUGAUGGCAUUGAAAAGUGAAAAAUGCCUUGGCAAUGAACAGGGCAUACAAGAAAAAAUGGAAAAUGAUGAAAACACAGAUAUAUCUAAAGAAAGAGACACGGAAGAGGAGGAAUAUACAUAUAAUAUGUUGGAAAAAGAAAAGGAUGACAGCCUAUCUAAAGAAACAGAGAUCGUUCAGGAAAAAGACAUACAAACAUACAAAGAAAUUGAAGGCGAUGAACACUUUUCUCAAAAGACAGAACUAGAUCAGAUAUCUGAGGAAAUGAAAGAACUCACUAGGGCACUUGAAGAAAAAGAAAUAGACCUGGGAGAAGAAUUACAUAUGUCAGGAGAAACUGAAGAACAAGCUGAUCUAUUUAAAGAAGCAGAAAGUGAACGGGGAAAAGACACACUAAUAUCUGAGGAAACUGAAGGAUCUAAAGGAUCAGAGAUGGAUCAUGAAGAACACAGACAGAUAAUAAUUCAUGCUGAAGAAGAAAUGGGCUUAUCUAAAGAAACUGGGAAAGACCAGGAAGAAGAUACAAUGACAAGAGAUCAAACUGAAAAUAACAGAGAGACAUUAGAGGAAAUUCAAGAAGAUACCAAGUUGCACAAAGAAACCGAACCCAACAUGGAGGAGGAUCUAGAGAAAGACACAUAUAUACCAGAAGAAAAGGAAGAAGACAGCAUCUUAUCUAAGGAAACAGAGAUAGAUGAAGCCAUAAAGAUACCAGUUGCAAACCAAGAUGACAUUAAGCUGUCUAAUGAAGCAGAAGUUUGCCAAGAACACGAUAUACUGACAUCAGGGGAAACUGAAGAAGACACCAAACUUUUUAGAGUAGAUGAGAUAGACCAGAAGGAAGCUGUUCUGACAUCAGGCAAAACUGAAGAAGAUGACAGUUUAUCUAAGGAAACAGAGACUGUACAAGAAGAAAGCACACUUAAAAUAGCUGAAAAUCAAGAUGACAUCAGGGUUUGCAAAGAAACAGAUCAAUCCAGAGAUGAAGAAGAAAUAGAAGUAGAAGAAGCCAGUUUAUCUAAAGAAACAGAGAUUGACCAGGAAGAAAAUACAGAGAUAACAGUAAAAACUGAAGAUGCCAUUAGCCUAUCUAAUGAAGCAGAGAUAGAUCAAGAAAAUGAAGAACAGACAGAACUGGAAAAUCAGUAUGAAACCAUGGUCUCUAAAGAAAGAGAGUUGCAGAAAGAGGAAGAAUUUUUAACAUUAGAGAAAACUGACGAUGGCUUCAGCUUAUCUAAAGAAACAGAGUUGAAUGAGGAAGAAAACCGACAGGCAAUAGUGGAAGAAGACAUCAUCUUACUUAAAGAGGCAGAGACAGACCAGGAUGAAAGCAUGGCAUUAUUCAAAGAAAAAGACAGCACUUUAUUGAAACAAAUAAAAACAGAUGAAGUAGAAGGCAAACCAACAACAGUGGAAAUCCAAGAUGACAUCAGGAUUUCUCAAGAAGCAGAAGUGUAUCAGGAAGGGGAGGAUACAAUGAUAACAGAGAAAACUGAAGAAGACAUCAAACUAUAUCAAGCAGAUCAGACAAAACAGGAAGGUGAAAAACAUGUAUCAGGAGGAACAAAAGAUGAAACCAAUUUAUUGCAAGAAUUCGACAAAGACCAGAAACUAGAUACACAGAAAUCAUCUGCAAUCAAUAAUGAUGCAAUUUUUUCAAAAUCAAUUGAAAUAGAACAGGAAGAAAACAAACAGAUUGAAAUUGAAAUUGAAGAAAACAUUACACCAUCUGAAGAAACAGAGAUAAAGCUGGAGGAUGACAAACUAAUAACAACAGAAAGUGAACAAAAGGAAUCUGAAGAUAUGGUGGUGAACCAGGAGAAACAAAUGCAUAUAUCAGAGGAAACCAAAGAAGAUGGCAUUCAUAUACCUAAAGAAACAGAGGUAGAUCAUGAAGAAAGCAAACAGAUAAGAAUGGAAAAAGAAACAGAGGAAGAUGGCAAGGAACAUGCACUCAUCUCAGAAAAAAACGAAGAAAAUACUACUUUAUCUGAAGAAAUAAAAACUGGCCAGGAAGAAAUCAGUCAUAUGAGAGGAGAAACAGAAGACGUCAUUACUCCCUCUAUAUCAGUAAAAAUAGAACAGGAGAAAAAUGAAGAGAUAAAAGUGGAAAUAGAUGAAGAAGAAGAACAAGAAGAACAAGAAGAAAAAGUGAUAAUGCCAGAGGAAGACAAAGACAUAAGAAUGGAAAGUGAAGAUAUGAUUGAUCAGGAGAAUUAUAUACAUUUAUCAAAGGAAACUGAAGACACUGGUUUAUCUAAAGAAGCAGAGGUACAUAGCAUAGUAAUAGGUAAAGAACAGGAAGACAUUAAAAUAUCAGAUGAAACAGAAGAUAACCAAAUGAAGCACAGUCUCAAUAAAGAAGUAGAAAUAGACCAGUGGGAAACCAUACAUACAGACAUUGACAUUGAAGAGAAUGCCAGUCUGUCUAAUGAAGCAGAAAUAAAGCAAGAGAAAGCCAAAGAAAUAACAAUGGAAAUGGAAGAAGACAUAAUCCUAUCUAAAGAAACAGAAAUCAGUCAGGAGCAAAACAAAAAUGCAUUGGAAGAAGGUGAAGAGCAUAUCAUCCUCUGCAAAGAAAGAGAAAUAAAUCAGGUGGAAGACAAGCACUCAGCAGUGGAAAUUAAAGAAGAUGCCAACCAAUGCAAAGAUACAGAGAUGGAUGAAGAGAGAGAUGGACAGACAUCUAGAAAAAGUGAAGAUGGUAAGGAAGAUACCAGCCAAUCUGAAGAAAAAGAAUUGGAGAAAGAGCAAAUUUAUCAGACAUCUGAGGAAAAUGAAGAAGAUAGCAGCAACUCCAAAGUUAGUGAGGUAGAAAAUGAAGAUGGCAAAAAGAUAAUAGCUGAAAACGAAGAAGAUAGCAAUCUAUGCAAAGGAACAGAUGUGGAAUACAAACUUGCAUCCAUAGUAAGUGAAGAAGAAGCCAGCUUCCAUAAAGAAAUGGCAAUAAAUCAGGAACAAGUGGAAAAUGAAGGAGAAAAUGGCCCAUCUAAACAAGAUGAAAUUGAGCAGGAAGAAGACACACCAAUAUCAUGUGAAACUAAAGAAGACACUAUCCAAUGUAAAGAAAAGGUAGCGGAGGAAGGAGACAUUCAGACAUUUGAGGAAAUUGGAGAAGAAGAUAAAGGAAUUGAGACAGACCAAGUAGAAGAAGAAAAAGAAAACAUUAUUCUUACCGUGAAUACUGAAGAAGACACUAACCUAUCCAAAGAAACAGAGGUGGACCAGAAAUAUUACACAGAGACAUCAAAGGAAAGAGAACAAGAAGUUCAUUUCUCUGAUGAAAUAGUAACAAACCAGGAAGCAGACAAAUGGACAAGAAUGGAAAAUGAAGAAGACACACACGUAUCAAGUGAAACCGAAGAUGACAUCAUUCUAUCUAAAGAAAAAGAAACGGAAGAAGAAGAGGCCAUUCAGAUAUCAACUGAGAAAGACCAAGAAGAUGGAGAAAUAAUAACAGUGGAAGCUAAAGAAGAUGCUAAAGUAAAAGAGGAAGAUGCUGAACUGUCAAUGGGAAGUGAAGAAGCAACAAGUCCAUUUCAGGAAACAGAGAGCACACAGAUUGAAGACACACAUAUAGUAGUGGAAAGUAAGGAUGACAACAGCCUCUCUGUAGAAAUAGAGGCAGGCCAAGAGAAAGAAACACAAAUAUCAGGGAAAGUAGAAGAAGAUGUUAAAAUCUGUAAUGAAACAGAGACAGGUCAGGGGGACAAAAUAACGUUAACAGUGGAAAUGGAAGAAAACAUUGAUCUAAAUAAAACAAUAGAGACAGACAAUGAUCAAGAAACGCAAACAUUAUGUGGAAAUGGAGAAGAAACCGUUCAACCUAAAAAGACAGAAAACCUCCUGGAAGAAGACAGACAUAUAACAGAGGAAACUAAAGGUUACAGUAGCUGGUCUAAAGAAUUAGAAUUAGACUCACAGAUCAUAAGGGAAGAUGAAGAAAAUAUUAAUGUCACUGAAAAAACAGAGCAAGACCAGGAUAAAGACACACUGAGUUCAGAGGGACAUCAUGAAGAAACCAAUCUCUAUAAAGAGGCAGAGAGUAAAGACUAUGACAAUGAAGGGCUCCCAGACAUAAAGACAGAUGAAAGACUUAAAGAUAUCGAGGGAGAAUGCUCUGAAGAAAUGAGUGCUGAAGUGCAUGAAUGCAGAGAAAUGCAAGAACACAAAGAUACAGACAUAUUAGCUGAAAGCAUGGGUGGCAUAUUAGAUGAAGUUCACAAAUCAGUAGAUGAUGAAGUCAAAAGUCAAUUUGAAGUGUUUGAUUCAUGUUUAACACAGACAUCAGUGGAAGAACAUGAAUCUGCCACGAAUCAAGAUACAGGGCUCAAAGAUUUUGCUGAUGACACAGUUAGUAGAGAAGAAGGGGAAAUGCUGUCGACGAAGACUAAUGUUGAUUUCACCGCAGAGCUCAAUUUACCCAACAAUCUUUACAAGACUUUUGAAAAUUUGACAGAAUUCAGUGCUAACUCUGAAGACUCUGACGUUUCAGAAGCUGACUCACCCAAUGUAUCUUAUGGUCUUACAGCGAGUAGAGGAAUAAGAACAAUAAUACUCGAUGAAGAACCGCAGCAAGAAGUCGUCGAUAGUUAUUUAACAGAAAUUUACAGUGCAUUCGGAGAUAAUAACAAAAGCACAGAGUCUGAAGCACAUGAAGAACUGCCAAUAGCGCAACACGAUCAUCAGCUAGAAACGGCUAGUAGCUUUCAUACUCUUUCCAUUGAAGCAAAGCCACAGUUGCUUAUGAAUGGAGAACACAAGGACAAUGAAAACUCAUUUUCAAACUCUUUAAAUGGAAUUUGUUGUGAUCAGACCAAUGCCUCUCAGGAUAGUCAAGAAGAUAAGACAGAAGAUUUCCCAGAAGAUGACAUACACCACUUGCAUGACACGAAGGCAGUAGAAACACUGCAAAAGGGAAAGAUGGAAAUUCUGAUUUGUGCUGAAAGUGAGAGUGAGGAAUUCUUAUCAGAUGAGGAGAAAGUGAAAGGAAUAUGCGCAAGUGAAGAACAAUUCUUGCCAGCAGUGAAAGAUAUCAUUGGCUGUGCAGAAGAAGAAGACAAAGAAAAUGACCUGAACCAAUAAGUCUGAGAGGAACUGAAAAAGCAAACAUAAAAAAAGCUGUGCAAGAGAAUGGCCAGUGUUUAAAGUACAACUUUAACAGUUUGCCUUCUUUUUGGACAUUUUGAGGUUACAAUAUUGUGACUUAAAAUCACUGUGAGUUUUCAUGACCAAAACUUUUUCUGAUGAGCAUUAUCAUUUGAAAAAUUUAAUUUUCAUAAUGAUAACUUUUGUGUAAAGUAACAUGCCUUUGCGUGAAACAUAAAAUAUUUAAACAAGAAUGUUGAGAAGGUCGGAGCUGUAAGAAGACAGAAAAUUAUUUCAAGCAUUGAUCUGCAAAGAUGUGUGCAUCAGAAGAACAAACAGAUAAAAUUUAAAAGUCAACAGAGAAUAACACAUGAAACAAAUCAAAUUAGAAUAUUAUUUAUAAAAAAAAGUUUCAUAAUAAUGUCAAAAAGAAGAACUGUAGAAUCUAACUGGAAGAGUGAAAAUGUCAAAUGGCAAUAAAGCAGAAACUUGCCUACUUACUGCAUGCCAUUUUGGACAAAUGAACUGAGAAGGGUUAGAUGGACAAACGUCUGAACCUUAAAAUUCUGACACGAGAAAGGGAGACGUAGUUAUGCCGUGUCAACAGUUGUAACAGCAAAAACUGUUGUGCUAACAACACCCGCAUUUACAUUUACAUAUUUUCAGUUAAAAGAGUUUAAAUUGAUUGUGCGCUUUGUUUAGAGUUUGACUAAAUAUAUUCCAACUAUUAGUACCCCAUGUCUACAUUUAAUUGACUGUCAGCAUGAAGUUAGACCUGUAUCAUUGUGGACACACCACAAAAAGAUAUCCUUUAUGAACUGCA